AUGGAUCUAUUUAUAGAAAUACCUCUGGAAUUCAAACCCAUAAGUUAAAAAUUUCUUAAGUUUUUAAUUAGGGAUCUUAUUCAACAUAUACCUCAAGUAUAAGAUAUGAAAUAAUUGCAUAUGUUGAUAUUCCUAAAUACUCAUUUCUAUUGUCAGCAAUAGGGAAUUAUACGUAAAUAACAAUGUUUUUAAAUUAGUGAUGACACAGCAGGAUGGGGAAUGUCNAAAUAUUUAAUUAAUGCCUUUUUCUAUAAUUUUUAUCCUAGUGGGAUUAUUUGAGUAAUCAAAUUCAUAAUGGCAAACCUAAAAUAGUUUCUUAAACUAUGAUUAGAAAUUUACAGUAUACACUGGAUCAAUGGCAUAUUAAUAUGCUGGAUAUUUUCUAUUGCCAUAAACCUAAACUACUGCAAAUUUUAUCACUUGUACAACUCCUGCUACAAGCUACGUUACUCUAACUAAAACUAAUCCAUCUGCUCAAAAUUAUUUUAAUUACUCAUUCAUGGAUGGAUAUUGGAUGUCUAUGGAUUUAUAUUUUUAAGGUACAUGGUCAUCUCAAACUAUUUAAUUUAUGAUAGGAACUUUUACAUAUUCAUAUCCCUACAAAUCACCUACUACUUAUACAAUGACAACUGGAUUUUGUGAUACUCUUCCAUUUGAAGUUAAAACUUUGAAUUUUUCACUUGUAUUACCAGGAACAAUAUCUGGCUAAAUUAAUUUUACAUCCUCUAAUACAAAUUAAGGAUAGGUUUCUCUUAGAAAUGUUUAUGUCUCUAAACUACAAUGUUAUCCAUCAUGUAGUUAAUGCACAGGUCCUAAUUACAAUGAAUGUACAUCUUGUUAUUAUGGUAUACCAACAAAUAACAUAUGUCCACCAUGCCCAUCUAAUUAAUAUUAUUGGAAGAACUCAGGAUGCAAAGAUAUUUGUGAAAUAUACUCUCCAUUAUAUUCAAAAGGAUUUUGUUAAAGUUAUCUAAGUAAUUAUUAUAAAUUAAACAAUCUAGUUUCCAAUAUAGAAUAGGGUUCUUUGACAUAUCCUAUUACUAGCACUGAAAAUUUGAAAUGGUCAUUAAUAUAUGAUCAAAUGCAUGUAGAUACAUCUCCAACUAUUAUUACUGUUAAUUCAUAUACAUAUGGAGUAUUUAAGUAUAAUUCCGGCAUCUAUAGAUAUUUCAAUUCUUUAUCAACUUAUUCUUAUGCAACCUAUUUAGUUGGAAUAAAAAUUUCAAUUGUUACUUAUAAUGAUAUUCCAAUUAAUUGUGGAAUAUAGUUUAAAAUUAAUAAUACUUAUUAUGGAUCUAUUUAUAGAAAUACCUCUGGAAUUCAAACCCAUAAGUUAAAAAUUUCUUAAGUUUUUAAUUAGGGAUCUUAUUCAACAUAUACCUCAAGUAUAAGAUAUGAAAUAAUUGCAUAUGUUGAUAUUCCUAAAUACUCAUUUCUAUUGUCAGCAAUAGGGAAUUAUACGUAAAUAACAAUGUUUUUAAAUUAGUGAUGACACAGCAGGAUGGGGAAUGUCUUAAAUCUAAAUUACUUCAGGAUAUUGUUCUUAAUAUUGCUCUUUGUGUGAAGUAUCAUUUAAAUGUAAGACUUGUAUAAGUGGAUUCUAUUUUUAUAAAGAUGGUAGUUGCAUAAGUAGUUGCCAAUCUCCAUAUUAGAAAUUAAAUGGUUCUUAUUGUUAUGAUUACGAUGAUGAAACACCUUGUAUCUUAUUAUUAUAAUAAUUUAGACUCUUAAUAUUUGAUUUAAGAAUAUAUAAAUGCUGCCACCGACCCUGGAUAAUAUUCAUAAUAUACUUUAAUAUCUUAAAAUGGAACAAACUUUUUAAAAGGAUCAGAUAUCUAUUAUUCAUAUAUGUAAGGAAUUAGAGUCUUUGGAGGACCUUUUGUGUGGGCCUAAGCUAAAUUCUAAAGAGUUCAUAAUAUAAUAUCUCCACAUCAUAGUGUCACUAUUGCAUUUUAUAUACUUUAUGGUCCAUCAUUCCCUUCAGAUGGGAGAUUUAUAUAUACAAUUGAAAAUAAUACACCAGUUUCUAAAUCAAAUGCAAAUUUUUAUUCAAAUUAUCCUGAUGGGUCAAGAUACGAUAAAGUUUAUGAAAAAAUCAUUCAUAAUUCAAAUACAUUAACACUGACUUGGGAAUGCUUAGGUCCAAAUAAUGAACCUGUUAAAGCAUAUUGUGGAUUCUUUAAUUAUUAUAUUGCUGUCCAUAAUUGCAAACCUUAUUGUUCAUAAUGUACCGAUUCAACUACAUGUACUUUAUGGAACAGCACUUAUGAUGCUAGUAUUGUUAGAUUUUCUUAAUCAGAAUGCUUAGUUAAUUAAUAUUAUGAUAAGGAUUUUAUUAGAUGUUUAGAUUGUCCAUUAUCUUGUUUAACAUGUACAUCUAAAAUAGAUUGUUAAACAUGCUAACCAACUUUUAUAUAAACUAAAUUAGGAUGUAUUUGCAAAAUGAAUCAAUAUGAAGAAUCAAAUCAAUGUUUUGAUUGUCCUAUUGAAUGCAAUUAAUGCUUAAGUUCUACUUAUUGUAUAGAAUGUUUAAAUAGUAAUUUUAGACAAUUAUCAAAUGGGUAAUGUAAUUGUAUUGAUGGAUAUUAUCCAAUUGUAUCAAACCCUUAGUGUUAACUAUGUCAUUAAUUUUGUAAAACUUGUAUUGGUCCUACUUCUGAUUAAUGUUUAAUUUGCAAUGAUAUUGUUAAUAUUGAAAAGGUGGGAUAAACAUGUAGAUGUCCAACAGGAUCAUAUUAUUAAGAUGCAAUAAAAACUUGUUCUUUUUGUCAUUCAUCAUGCUUAAGUUGCUUUAGAACAACAAUUGAUGGUUGCUUAACAUGUGAUCUAAGUUUAAAUAGAAUAUUAAAAGGGUUAAAAUGUGUAUGUGCACCUGGUUAUUAUGAAUUAAGUAAUAUUUGUACAAGUAUAUAUAAUAAUGAUAAUUAUAGAUUGUCCAAAUAGUGAAGAUACAUCUCUAAGUCAAUGUUAUAAAUAAUGUAAUAAUAAUUAAUAAAUAUGGCAUACUAUUACUUGUACUUCUUGUGAUUCUGGAUUUAAUUUAGUCUAUGGAGAAUGUCAACCCAUUUGUGGAGAUUCAUAAAUAAAAGGAUAUGAAUAAUGUGAAGAUAAUAAUACAAUUCUUGAUGAUAAAUGCUAUAAUUGUUAAUUUUAAUGUCCAACUCAUUGUUUAACUUGUGAUUAAUCAACUACUUUACCUUGUCCUGAUAUUUGUGGAGAUGGAAUUAUUACAGGAAUUGAAGAAUGUGAAGAUGGAAAUAAUAUAUAAUAUGAUGGAUGUUUUAAUUGUAAAUAUUAAUGUUAAACUUCAUGUACAAAGUGUAUAUAAGGUAAAUGUUUUGAAUGUGCUACUGCUGGUUGGUAUAUUGAUCCAACAGUUACUCCUUGGUAAUGUAAGGAAAGAUGUGGAGAUUAAUUAAUAGGUGUAAGUGAAUAAUGUGAUGAUGGAAAUCUAAGUGACACAGAUGGUUGCAAAGAUUGUAGGCAUUUCUGUAGAAUUGGUUGCUCUUCUUGUGAUUAUACAAUCAAAAAGUGUUUAAGUUGUGAAUUUCCUGGUUUUGUUCCUACUUCUUACUAUUGUAAGAAUACAUGUGGAGAUGGUUUAGUUGUGACAGAUCCUUAUGGGUUCUAUUCAGAACAAUGCGAUGAUGGAAAUACAAUUAAUGAUGACGGCUGCAAUAAUUCUUGUUACUUUUAAUGUUAGUCAUCAACUAUUUGUACUAGUUGUGUAAGUAAUAGAUGUGAAAUAUGUGCUACUGGAUAUAAUCUUUCAAGUUAAAAAGUAUGUUUACCAAUUUGUGGAGAUUCAAUGAUAGUAGUUGGAGAACAAUGCGAGAAUUCAUUUAUAUUACCAUAUAAAGGUUGUAUAAAUUGCUAAGCAAGAUGUCAAAGCUCUUGCCUCACUUGUGAUACUACUGGACUUGGUUGUAUAUCAUGUAAAAAUGGUUACAAUAGAAUUGAUAAUUUAUGUUAUUCAAUUUGUGGUGACACCAUAAUAACAGAAGAUGAGGAAUGUGAUGAUGGUAAUUUAUUAAUUGGAGAUGGAUGUCAUUUCUGUUAAUUUACUUGUUAAGAUUAAUGUCUAAAUUGUAUUAAAGGAAUCUGUUAUGAUUGUUAAGAAGGUUAUGAAUUAAUAUAAUCUAAAUGUUAUCCGAUAUGCGGAGAUGGAGUUUAGAAAUAUAAUGAAUAAUGUGAAAUGAUUAUUUCAUAAUAGACUUUUUAGAAUUGUAAAUCUUGUUAAUUUACUUGUGAUUAGAAUUGCUAUUUGUGUUAAUUUGGUAUAUGUUAGCAAUGCAAAGAUGGAUAUGAAUUAUCUUCUAAUUAAUAUUACUGUAUUAAAUCUUUAUAAAAUAACUCUAUUUUAAUUGAAAACUGUCAAAUCUAAAUUGGAAAUAGUUGCUUAUAAUGUGAAGAUUAUUCAUACUUUGAAAAAAUUGAACAGAAGUGCAAUUUAAAAGCAGCACCUAUGAGUUUUUGUCAAUAUUAACUUAAAUUAUCUCCAGAUUUAUAUUGUAGUUAUUGUUUUGAUUACUGUACAUCUUGUAAUGAAAACAAUUGUAUUAGUUGUUAAAGUGGUUAUUAUUUAGAUGACAAUUUUACAUGUAUUUCAUCUUGCGGAGAUGGAAUACUUACACAUGAUGAACAAUGCGAAAUUUAUGAUCAAAAUUGUUUAAGUUGCAUGUUUGAUGCUCCAAAAUUAUGUGAAUAAUACUUUGAAGUUAAUUGUUAUCAAUGUGAACAUGGAUAUUAUAUAAAUUAAUUUACUAAUAUCUGUUAAUCUAAGUGUGGAGAUGGUAUAAUAGCUGGUGAUGAAGACUGUGAAGAUAAUAAUUAUAUAGAAUUUGAUGGUUGCUAUUCUUGUAAAUAUUCUUGUAGCUAAUAUUGUUUAAAUUGCUUCAAUGGAAUAUGUUAAUAAUGUAGCCAAAACUAUUUUCUUAGAGAUGGUUUUUGUUUGGUUUUAGAGAAGGGUAUUGAUUACUUUCCUGAAUGUGAAUUAUAAAUAAAUCAAGAAUGCUUAGUUUGUUAGAAAGAUUAUAAAUUAAAUGAGUAUGGUGAUUGUAUUUUUUAAUGUUAAACAAAUUGUAUUCAAUGUUAUAAUGGAUAAUGCACUUAAUGUGUAUAACAAUAUUAACUUCAUGAGGGUGCAUGCAUUUUCAUUAAGUAAUGUUAAAUAGGUUUUUAUUUUAAUUAAGAAUUAUAAAUUUGUGAAUCUUCAUGUGGUGAUGGAUUUAUAAAUGAAUGGGAAGAAUGUGAUGAUUAAAAUAUGAAAUAAUUUGAUGGUUGUUAUUAAUGCAAAUAUGAAUGUGAUGAUAAUUGUAUUUAAUGUAUAUAUGGUGAAUGCUUACAAUGUUCUUAAGAAUUUAACUUAGUUGAAAAUAAAUGCUUAUCAAAAUGUUAAGAAUAUUGUCUUAAUUGUGUUUAAGGAGUAUGUUAAUUAUGUAGCAGUGGAUAUUACCUGAAUGAAUAUUUCAAUUGUAUCUAAAUUGACUGUGAAUAUGAUUUCAGUUGUACUUCUGAAUGUGGAAAUGGCAUAAUUGAAGAUUUGGAAUAGUGUGAUGAUUAGAAUCUAAUUAAUGAUGAUGAUUGUAAUAAUUAUUGUGAAUAAACUUGUGAUAUUAAUUGUAAUCGUUGUAUUGAUGGUGUAUGUUAUGAAUGUAAUGAGGGAUGGAGAUUAGAUUAAUUUUUUUGUACUCCAAUUUGUGGAGAUUAAAUUGUUGUAGGAAAUGAAGAAUGCGAUGAUGGAAAUUAAAUUACUUUUGAUGGUUGUUAUUAAUGUAAAUUUUAAUGUACUCAAUAUUGUGAAGUCUGUUUGAAUGGAAUAUGUCAAACAUGUUAAAUUAAUUAUGAAUUGGAUUAAUAAAAUAAUUCAUGUAAAUCAAUUCAACCCUUACUUACAGUUUAUGAAUAACCUAAUUGUAAAUUGUUAAAUAACAAUUAAUGUAUCCUUUGUUAAGUUGGAUAUCUAGAUUUAAUAACAAAUACUUGUAUAAUUGAUUAUAAUAUGAACAAAUGCUCUAAAAAUUGUAAGUAAUGUUUACUUUAGGAAUGUUUACAAUGUGAAUUAGGAUAUUAUGGAAAUAAAUGUAUGCCAAAAUGUGGAGAUGGUAUAAUAGUAUAGGAGGAAGAAUGUGAUGAUGGCAAUUAAUAUGAUGUAGAUACUUGUUUAAAUUGUAAAUAUUAAUGUCCUCAAUAUUGUAAAUAAUGUGCUUAUGGAGUUUGUACUCAUUGCUUUGUAGGAUUUUAUUUGGAUAUUGUGAGUAAUUCAUGUAAUUCAGUUUGUGGUGAUAAAAUAUUGGCAAGUGAUGAAGUUUGUGAUGAUGGCAAUGAAUUAAGAUAUGAUGGUUGUUUUUAAUGUAAAUAUUAAUGUUAAAUGGAAUGUUUAAAUUGUUAAUUUGGUAAAUGUUUAUAAUGUGAAUCUCCUUUAAUAGUAGUACAAUCUAAAGGUAUUUGUGAAUAAUUAAAAAAAUGUGAAGGUUUAAUAGGAUUGUAUUAUGAUAAUUAUAGUAAUGAUUGUUUGCCAUAAUGUGGAGAUGGUAUAGUUGUAGGUAAUGAAUAAUGCGAAGAUCAGAAUAAUAUUCCAAAUGAUGGAUGUUAUGAAUGUAAAUAUUAAUGUCAUAAAAUGUGCACAAAUUGUUAAAAAGGAUAAUGUUAUGAAUGUUAAAAAGGAUAUUAUUUAAAUGGAUAAAAAUGUGAAACCAAAUGUGGAGAUGGUAUUAAAAUUGGUGAUGAAUUAUGUGAUGAUUAAAAUGAUGUUGUAAGAGAUGGUUGUACUUUUUGUAAAAUUGAUCCUUUUUAUAAAUGUGAAGAGGAUUAAAAUUAAUUAUCUUAUUGUUAUAGAUGCUAAGAUAAUUGUGAGGAUUGCAUAUUAAACAUAAAUAUAGUAGAAUGCUAACGAUGUAAAAGUGGAUAUUUCCUUAAAGAUAAUACAUGUAAUUCAUGUUCAGAAAAAUGUGAGGAGUGUGUUAAUACUCCAAAUAAUUGUAUAAUAUGUUCAACAGAUGGUUGUAAGAAAUGUGAUAAUAUAUCUGGGUUUUAUUUAGAUAAAUAAAAAAAAUCAUGCAUUACAAAAUGUGGAGAUAAUAUCAUAGCUGGAAAUGAAUAAUGUGAUGAUGGAAAUAAAAUUGAUAAAGAUGGAUGUAAUUCUAAAUGUGAAAUUGAAAAAGAAUUUAUUUGUAAAGGGAGUAUCUGCUAUGUUCCACCUAAAAAAUAAGUUGAUUUGACCUAUUCUAACUCAACUACUUAAAGUGAUUUUGAUUUAAUAUUUGAAGAUCUCAAAGUAAAUGGUGUUUGUGAAAAAUUGAAGAUUUGGAUAGAAUAAUUUUAACCUAAUGAAUUUAAAUAUGAAGUAUCAAUUAAAAAAAAUGAAAAUAAAAUAGAAUAAGCUAGAUGUGAAAUCAAAUUUAAUUUUUUUAAAACUAUAAUGGAAUCCAAUCUUAUUCAUGUUAUAGUACCAUUGAAAGAUAAUGUCACUAGAAUUCUUGAAGAAGAAACAAGAGAAAUUAUUAUUGCACCAAGAAGAUUAAUUUAUUAUAAUGAAGAUUAAAAAGCUCAAGCUUAAAGUGUUGUAGCAGCAUCUUCAAACUUAACUUUUUUACUUUAAUUAAUUGGGCCUUUAACUAUUUUUCUUGGAGGAUUUAAUUUCUUUUGGACUAUCUUAGAUAUAUUGACUUGGAUUAAUAAUUUUUAUUUUCUAAAUGUAGAUUAUCCUUUGAAUGUUAAAUUAUUUUUUAAUUAACUUGAAUGGGGAGAUAUAAUUAAUAUUCCUGAUAUUAUUACUUUAAAUUCACCAGAUGAUCCUUAUUAUUUUGAAGCACCUCCUAAAUUUACUGAAAAAGAUGUUAAUCCACUAUUUUUAAAUAAUAUAUAAUUAUUUUGUGGAUUAAUUUUACUAUCAAUAAUAGGUUAUAUUUUUUCAAUUUGCAUAGUAUCGAUUAUUUAAACUAAAUAUUAAUCUAUUAAUUUAAAAACACAUAAAAUUGAAAUAUUUUCAGUAAGUGAAAUGAAUAAGAGUAUUGAAAUGAUGUCACCAUAAAAAUAACAGGUAAAAUAAUUUCAUUAAAAAAGUAAAUAAAUGCCCUAUAUAAUAAAUACUAUAUAUAAAGAAAUAUUAUGGUUUAAAGAAAAUUAUAGAGCUAAAUUACUUUAAAUAAUAGGAUUAGUAUUUUUGGAUAUUUGUUUGGCUUGUGUUCUUUAAUUUUAAUAUAGUAACAAUGA